GGUAAAGUGAUACCACUUAGCGACGGAUCGAAUCGAAGCUUAGCGUGCCAGGGUCAGAGAGUGAAAACACGUCAAGAAGAAGCAGAAGAAAAGGAAGGGUAGGAUAAGAAGAUGCCGCGAGCUUUCCUUGUGAAAAAGAAGCGUGGAGCAUGUGGAGCAUGGCAAUGGAAAGAACCAGAACAGCAUGAGUGGAAGGAUGAUGACACCCCAGAGAGUGAAAACACCAAGGAGCAGAUAUCUUGCAGUCCUGACACCGUAAAGCCUUCCACUCUGCCCCAGCCAGCAGAGACGUCAGGAUGUCGGACAGCAGCAGCAGCAGGAAUGGUGCCAGUGGCUGUGGCAGGACCAGGAGGAACAGGGGCCGAUUGGCCCUCGAUGCUCCAGGGCUCAUUGUAUCAUGCAGGGGCGCUACCACUGGUCAACAGAGCAAAGCCCCGUCUCCGUACGUCCUCCAUCUCAGGUGACUUCAUGUGUUCGGUUUGCCACAAGAUCUUCCCUCUGCAGCGCAUGUUGACCCGGCACCUGAAGUGCCACAGCCUGGUGAAGAGACAUCCGUGUCGAUUCUGUGGCAAAGGAUUCAACGAUACCUUUGACCUCAAAAGGCAUAUGCGAACGCACACAGGUAUCCGUCCGUACAAGUGCGAGCUAUGUGAGAAAGCCUUCACGCAGCGUUGCUCUCUGGAGUCCCACAUGAGGAAGAUUCAUGGCGUCCAUCAGCAGUACGCGUACCGCCAGAGACGCUCCAAGAUAUUUGUGUGUGAAGAUUGUGGUUUCACCUCAAGCCGCCCGGACGAGUACUUCCUCCAUGUGAGACAGUGCCACCCUGGCAGCCCUGCCCUCCGCAGGUACUACCGCCGCCAGGCCCACGACAACAGCGGCUUUGCAUCGACAGACCAUAAACUCAGCCCCUAUUUUCUGUACUCGGCCCCGGUAUACUAUGUGUAGAGCUCUUUAUAAUUCUCAAUUACAUUGUAUUGUAGCUGCUCUGUAAGCCAUUCAGAAAAAAAUGCUAGCUUUAUAAAACUGUAACAUUUAGAAUAUGUAUGUAUGUAUGUAUUCUUGUGCUAAUAUACUUUCUGUUUAUUCAUUACUUUCAUUUCAUUACUUUAGGUGGAGGUUUUAAUCAGACUUUUUAAAUGAAGGCUAAAAACAUUCGAAAUGUUUUUGUAUAAUAAUUGUAAUUAAUAAUAAUUUCUGUAGCCAAAGUUUCAGAAUCAUUUUUGCCAUACUACCCUUUGGUUGUGUUCAAGGUGAUAUAGAUCCACAAGUUUGUGCAAAACCUGAUAAAUGACGUUUAACCUCCUGAGACCCGAGCUUUUAUUUUAUCUGUGUUUUUAAUUUCUCCGCGGUAUUUGGGCUUAGCAGAACCUAAGAUGUAUAAAAACUAAGCAUCAUCUUUCAACAGGAAGUAGUAGAUUUUGAAAAAAAACAACAAAAAAAAACAUGUCCUCAUA